UUAUAAAAGUUGUAUUGUUAUGAUCUUGAUUAUCAAGAAAUAAAAGCAUGGGAAUAAGAUGUUUGUGAAUGUGGCCAUUUCCUAUGCAGAAUUUAGAAAUGAAAAUUUCGAAAAUGACAGCGGACAAAAAUGGAGAGGAAAUCCGACGAAACUGUCGAUUUGCAUUGUAAAAAAUGAAAGGGGCAAAGGAAAAGAGAAAAGAAAAGAAAUCGAGGCACAAGAGAUCGGAGAAGAGAAAGGAAAAGCCUCGUAGACCGAGGGAAAAAUCUGGAAAAGGUGAGAAUUCGCGGAAAGGCGUCCCCUCCGAAUGUCGGCUUUGGUGGGGGGAGCUAAAAAGGGCGGAAGCUGGCGGCGCAGGUUAACCGCGGCGUUCGGACAUGUUUGAACCGGGUGGAAACCUCCGGCGGCCGCGUAUACGCCUCGUACGCCGUGCUCAGCUAUGAUCGCUUUUCUGCAAGUUUUGCCAUUUUUCAGCAGAACCUGGUGAACGGACGAGGACCUGGAAGAGACGCCGGCCCGGCCACAAAUCGGACCCGAUGGACGUGGACCUCCUUCGGCCGGGCACCGUGCCCAUCUCGCCGGACACUUCGCUCUGGUUCGAGUUCCUCCUCGACCCCAGCCACCUGGAAAAACACCUCAAAAACACUUGUGCAGAUCCACCUCCUACUGAAUUAAUUGUAAAGUUCUUGACACUCUCUCUAACUGAAAAGCAAAUAGAGCCAGGAGCUGAAACGAACGGUCCUCAAAGAUUGAGCAAGAGAUGUCAGGCAUUGAAGAUACUCGCCUUGCAAGUGGCCGCUUAUCUAAAAUGGGAUUUAGAAUUAUUUGAAAAUAAAUUACCUCUGCCAUUACAAGCGACGCUUUUAAAAGAUUUUUUGAAUUUAGUGUCCGAUGAAUACGGAGAUGUUUCGGUUCACAACAGUAUUAAAUUCAGUGAGGUGAAACCUCAAGUCCUUUUUGCCAUAUUUCUAUACCACAGAUGGAUGUUGAGAACUUUCUGCAACUCAACACUUAACGGGAAAACUAAGAUUCUCAACGGACUCAUGCCAAAUGAGAACGUUUGUGAGGAAAUUUCCGAUGUGAAUGCUGAAAGGAGCUAUGCAGUUCUUAAAGACAUGUCGCAGAUGGCACACGACGUUUGCCCCAUCAUACCAUCCAUGGCUUCAUUCACUCUUCUCACGGGCGAUGUAAAUGAAGUCGAACAUCAAUGGAACCUGGGAAAAGUUAUUUCAAUAGACCAAUUUCAGUGUCAGCUCCUCAUGGAUUUGACAAAGUAUCUCAUGUUCAGAGAGAUAUACUCAGAGGCGGCAAAAGCUUUGGACAUGUGUUGUACAGCUUUUAGCAAAUGGAAAGCUAACGAACCAGAAGAUGACGAGCCCUAUUCUACAGUUACAGCUGAAAUGAUCGCAGGGCAGUGUUUGGCUUUAGGUAUCUCAAAGGGAACGCAGCACACUCCAUCUUUGGUCCAACAAUUUCAUAAGCUUGUUUCUCAGCAAUACAUGAGUAUAGAAAAAAUUCUGGAAAAGGACAAUUUAACAAAGGAGAUUCCUCAGUUGUAUCGUGAUUGUCUCGAACUCGAUAUAACGUCUGAAAUAGCAGCUAGAAAAAUAACUGUAUACAGAGAUGCUCUCGUGCAAAUCCAAGCUUCGAAUAUGGUCAGAAGGGCGUUGGAAGGAGGGUCAUGGCAAGCUCCCAAAGUUACACCGAUAGCAUUGCAAAAUGCGCUAAUCCCAGUUAUACCGAGGAGUUCAGAGGUAGAAAGGAACCGAUUGAAAUAUUUGGUCGGGACAACUCUUGUUAAUGGCGAUUUGUCAUGUAGGGAAUUAGUGGAGCUUGAAACCACCAAAGAGCUCCUGUCCGAGGAAGAAAUAAAUUCAGCAGUUGAGUCUGAUUAUACCGAUCCUGUGCCUGAGAUACUAAAUAUGGAUCUUGAAACUAGUCUGUCCUUAGCUAGCAAACACAAGUCCCCUAGCAUACGUAUGGCCGCAAUAGAAAGAACAUUGACAACAAGUUAUGAUUCUACUGAUAUCGAAACAGCCAUUUCCAAACUGACGGCAAGGAACAUGAAUAUCAAUAUGACCAAAUUGAAUAGGAAUUGGGAAAUCCCAGUGUCUCUAUCUAAUGCAAUCGUAAGUCUUGGUGGCGGGAAUCUUCAGCAUUACGUUUUUGUCCUUCUUGCCAAAGCAUACGAAUUGGAUAAAAUAGAGAAUUACAGUCAGGCAAAAGCUCUGAUGAGAGCAGCCAUUGAUAAGAUCUCCAAAGAAAUUCCAAACCAGAAUGCGACAUCAAAAAUAAUUCAGCUCAUUUCCUGGGAAAUACUUUUAGUUGAGAUCCACGAAUUUCAUUCCGAGUGGCCUGCGAAGAGAUUAGAUUGGUCUGGCCUCGGGCAAAAAUGUAUUCAGGUUCUUAUUAAAAUCGAAGGGUGUCUUCCGAGAGUGACUCUGAGAGAAGAAUGCGCCUUGACGCUUUUAAACACUGGGCAGUGGUCGGCGCUAGUUGCCACGCCACAGAUCAAACAUUCUGUUGCCCUUGGUGAUCUUUACACGGCUAUAGCAGCAGCCUGUGAAGACAUCAACAAGUACAAUAAAAAAAUAUCCACGGAUGCCUGGGAUAAAAUUUUAGCAAUGUUUGCUACAUAUAACCAGAAACGGAGAGAUGUUCCGCCUGUAAUAGCACAGGCCUUGUGUGUAAUAGUUGAACUGAAUGCGUUAGUUAUUGUAAUUUCUUUACUGGCAAAAUUGCAUAAUGUUCUAAUUGCUGAUCAACCACAGUUGGAACUGUAUGCACAGCUGACACAAGUUUGGCCGAAUACAAUAAAAAACGCAAAUCAGUACAAUGUGAAGUACGUUUCUGAAGUUUUAAUGGAGGUUUUGGAACACGCUUUGAAACAAGCUCCAAAUAAUGUACCCUGGUUGAAACUAAAGGGAGAUCUUCACUUUGCAAACGGUCAUCAUUCUGCGGCUCUCAAAAGUUACAUAGAGGCGGCCAUAGCUGGAACGGAUUAUUUCUCAAGGCCGUUGCAUAAAAACAUAAUCGAGGAUCACGUUUAUAAGAGAAUGAUAGCUUCCUGCACCGCAUUGCAAUGCUAUACACAGGCUGGGAUAUUGUGCCAGUUCUUGGAAGAUGUCGAUUACACGACAGCUUUCAAGAGCCUUUCCGAAGGGUGCUGCAACGACUCGAUGGAUUCCUACUACGAUUGCAUUUGGGAUGUAAAUAUAUUGGAGUUUCUCAUCCACUUACAUACCAAACGAGGGGAGCAUCACAGAAAACAAAAAGUGAUCAGAACCAUUGGUCUCCUUGAAUUGAACUCCAACAACAACGAUGAGAUUAAAAGAGAGGCUGAAAACAUAAGAAAAGGGCGUUUUAUGAGAGCAAUGACUGCACAUUACCUUUCGUAGGGUUUUUUUUUAGGUCAAUUUUUGAAAUGUAAAUAUUUUUGUACAGUGAAAUAUUUUAGUUAUUAAUUU